GACAACCAUGUUCACAUGAUCACACGCUCCCUCCUCUCGGUCUCGGCUGCAUAAAUAGACCCCGUACGUCUAGCUGCUGUUAUCGUUCUCCUCUCCCCCGUGCCUCCCGGUCGACACUCGAUCGAUCCACAGCUACCGGCCGGCGGCCGGACCACAGCCAGUCCGCUCUCGCUCUCUCCCUCCGUGGUCACAGCCACCACGUACGGCACCACUGCCAGCCGCGCCGGUGACCGAUCGAGCGAGAGCUUCUCCAUCCACCACCAGUCUCAACUCAAUCCCCUCCCUGCGCACGCGCGCGCGCCAUUCAUGCCGUCGUCGCCGGCUCCUCCUCCUCCUCCUCCCCAUGGCGAGGGCGUCGCGAUGAUUGUGUGCGCCGGCGCCGCCGUGUGCUGCAUGUGCGGCGACCACGGCCUGGCGGGCGAGCUGUUCCGGUGCAGGUGCUGCCGCGCCCGGCUGCAGCACAGCUACUGCAGCGACCUGUACCCGAGGGCGGCCGCGUACAGGCGCUGCAACUGGUGCCUGCGGCUGCGGGAGCCGGCUGACAACAACAAGCCCGAGGAGAAGCGCAAGACGACCGCGCCGGCGCCGGUGCCGGCGUCGGACGAGGAUCAGCGGCGGCAGCGCCACGAGGUGUGCUCCCCGUCCCCGCGGAGGAGGUCGCGGUCGCCGCCCGCGGAGCUCGCCGGACACCACCCGGUGAAGAAGAAGAAGCACAGGGCCGAGGAGAAGAAGACGUCGCAGCCGGCGCCGGCGCCGGCCGCGGGGAAGAAGGAGAUCAUUAUUAUCGCUGGUGCCGGUGGCGGCAGCAAGGACGAGGAGGUGAUGCGGGCGGGGACCAAGGCGCGGGUGAACAGGGUCAGGGUGCGGCGGUACAAGCUCCUCACUGAGGUCAUCAGCUGCUAAUUAAGCUAUUACUCCUACCGACAAAUUAGCAUCAAGGAUUAUAUAAUCAUGUAGUACAAGAAGAUGAACGAAUCGGUGGAUCCAUCUCUACUACUCCGGCCGUAACGGAGUCGAUGUGUACAUAUAUACACCGAGGGUACAGUUUUGUGUAAUAAUAAUAAUAACAAGCAGCAUGCAUGUAUCGUGCAAGGUGCUGCUGCUAUAGUGAGUGGACGGGGGUUGUUCCUAAAGUUUAGUUCUUGUCACAUCCAAUAUUUGACACUAAUUUAGAGUAUUAAAUAU